AUGAGCACGAUGGCCAGACCAGGAUUCCUCCCCCGUGAAGGCCUCUACAUCGAUCCAAUAGUAGUAGGCCUGCGAAAGUCGAUCCUCCAUCCGCUCUUCACAUUACCGUGUCUACACGUGGUCGGAAGAUUCAGCUCCCUCGCGCGAUACGAGAGCCUUGUCCAAAUCGCCGCGGCAGCCAGUGUCAUCCUGUGGCUCAACGAUUGGCUAAGUACCAAAAGUCGGAACAAUUGGGUUAUAGACGAUACAUGGGACUGGAAGGAAGAGCUGGUCGUGGUGACUGGGGGGAGCGGUGGUAUUGGGGCGGGAGUUGCUCGCCGUCUUGCUGCCCUGGGUUCACGCGUUGUCGUGUUAGAUAUCAUCCCUUUGACAUUCAAGCCUGACAAUAAACGAAUCCUGUACCACAAAUGCGACCUGAGCGAUGAGAAAGAGAUCGCAGCUGUUUGCGAGAAGAUCAGAGCAGAGAUUGGCGAUCCAACUGUCCUAGUCAACAAUGCUGGUCUAUCGCGCGGACGGACCGUAGUCGAGAGUACCUACAACGACAACAGCAUAACCCUGAAAACGAACCUGCUGGCACCAUUUCUCCUAUCGAAAGAAUUCCUCCCUGCCAUGAUCCAGCGAAAUCACGGACAUAUCUUCAAUGUCGCUUCGAUGAGUGCUUAUAUCCCACCGCCAGGGCUGGCUGAUUACGCGGCGUCGAAAGCUGGGUUGAUUGCGUUUCACGAGUGCCUUAUGCAAGAGUUCCGAGCCCAGAAUGCCCCCAAGGUCCGCGCGUCUCUUGCUGUGCUGAGCUUUACGAAAACGCCGCUGUUCAAAGGCGAGACGAACCAGCCCCGGUUCUUCAUGCCUCUUUUACAUGUCGACACUGUUGUGGAUGCCGUUGUGGAUACACUCACCAGCGGCCUCAGCCAAACAGUGUUUCUCCCAGGGAUAUUUAGUUAUUUUGCUGGCUUGCGAGGAAUGCCGGAUUGGGUUCAGGAUCUUGUUCGCGGUGGCACGAAGUCUUUGAAAGUGGAUUUUAAAGGGCGACAGGUGAUUGAUCCACAGACUGGGAGGCUUGUGUAA